AUGGCGGCGGGUGGCGGAGCUGCGGCGGCCGAGGAGGAGCUGCGCGAGGCGGGAGACUCGGAAGACGAGGGCGGCGGCGGGGAGGAUGUGGAGACCUCGGAGGAGUCCUCGGGCGAGGAUGAGGAGAAGGAGAACGAGGCCGAGAUCCAGCGCCUGGAGGAGCAGCUGUCCAUCAACGCAUUUGACUAUAACUGUCACCUGGACCUGAUAAAAUUGUUGCGCCAGGAAGGAGAGCUGGUGAAACUUCAAAGAGCUCGUCAGAAGAUGAGUGAACUCUUUCCUCUCACUGAAGAGAUCUGGCUAGAUUGGCUGAAGGAUGAAAUUCGAAUGGCAUCAGAUAACUCGGAGCGGGAGAAAGUCUACGAUCUCUUUGAGAGGGCUGUGAAAGACUACAUUUGUCCUGAGAUCUGGCUGGAGUAUGCCCAGUGCUCCAUCGGUGGCAUCGGCCAGGAGGGAGGCAUUGAGAAAGUUCGCUCCAUAUUUGAACGGGCGCUGACGGCUGUUGGGCUUCACGUGACAAAGGGAGCUGCUAUUUGGGAGGCCUUCCGAGAGUUUGAAAAUGCCAUCCUGGAAACGGUGCAGCCGGCAGCCGGCAGCGUUCCAUCUCCUGAGCAGCAGCAGACCAUCAGCGCACAGCUUGAGAAGAUCCACGCGCUCUUCAGGCGCCAACUGGGGAUUCCACUGCUGGACAUGGAGGCUACUUACGCCGAAUACGAAGAAUGGUCCCAGGAGCCCGAUCCCAGAAGGGGUGGUCAAAAUUACAAGAGGGCCCUGCAGCAGUUGCAGAAAUGUAAACCCUACGAAGAUGCUCUGCUGGUUGCCGAGACACCGAAGCUGGCAGAAUAUCAAGCCUACAUUGACUUUGAGAUGAAGGGUGGGGAUCCAGCUCGCAUCCAGCUGAUUUACGAGCGAGCCCUGGCUGAAAACUGCCUCGUGCCAGACCUCUGGGCUCAGUACAAUCAGUAUCUGGACAGACAGCUGAAGGUGAAAGACCUGGUGCUUUCUGCACAUGAGCGGGCUGUCAGGAAUUGCCCCUGGACCGUCAAGCUGUGGAAGCAGUACCUGCUGGCUAUGGAGAGGCAUGAAGCGGAGCAUCAGCUCGUUUCUGAAAACUUCGAAAAGGCUUUAAACGCUGGCUUCAUCCAAGCCACUGACUAUGUGGAGAUCUGGCAGGCGUACCUGGACUAUCUGCGAAGACGGGUGGAUUUUACCCAAGACUCCAGUAAAGAGUUGGAGGAGCUGAGGUCUGCGUUUGCCCAUGCUGUGGAAUACCUGAAGCAAGAAGUGGAAGAACGAUUCAGUGAGAGCGGGGACCCUUCGUGCACCAUAAUGCAGACCUGGGCAAGGAUCGAGGCCCGCCUGUGUCACAACAUGCAGAAGGCACGAGAGCUCUGGGACAGCAUCAUGACGAAAGGGAACGCCAAAUACGCCAACAUGUGGCUGGAGUACUACAGCUUGGAGCGGGCACACGGCGACACACAGCACUGCAGAAAGGCCCUGCAUCGGGCAGUGCAGUGCACGACCGACUACCCAGAGCAUGUCUGCGAGGUGCUGCUCACGCUAGAAAGAAUUGAAGGCACUUUAGAAGACUGGGAUGCCGCUGUUCAGAAAAUCGAGAACCGACUUGCGCGAGUGAACGAGCAGAGAGCCAAGGCUGCUGAGAAGGAGGCUGCCCUCGCUAAACAGGAAGAAGAGAGAACCGAGCAGCGGAAGCAGUCUCGGGCGGAGAAAAGAGCGGCCAAAAAGUCCAAGAAGCCCAAGGCUGGAGACAAGCGCAAAGUGGACGAAGAUGGCGAUGGGGAGUGGGGGCAGGAGGAGGAAGCGGAGCAGCCCAGCAAGCGGCAAAAGGGAGGCAGAGAUAUGCCGGAAGAGGACGAGGCAGAAGACAUGGAGAUGGAAAUGGGGCUCUUUGGGCGUGGCGCGUCCUCAAAAGCAGUCCCUAGCCCCAGUGAGGCGGCAGCAGCAGCAGCAGCGGCUCCCAAAUGGAAGGAACCCCCCAGAAUCCUUCACAACAAAGAGAAAGAGAACGUCACAGUCUUUGUCAGCAACCUCUCUUACAUCAUGGCGGAGCCGGAGGUGAAGCUGCGAGUGCUCUUUGAGAGCUGUGGGGAGGUUGCAGAAAUCCGUCCCGUCUUCAGCAACAAGGGGGCUUUUCGGGGCUACUGUUACGUUGAGUUCAAGGACGAGAAGGCAGCUCUGCAAGCCCUCAGCCUGGACCGCAGACCCGUCGAAGGGAGGCCCAUGUUUGUGUCUCCUUGCAUCGACAAGGCCAAGAACCCUGAUGUCAAGGUGUUCAAGUACAGCAGUGCCCUGGAGAAACACAAGCUCUUCAUCUCCGGCCUGCCCUUCUCCUGUACGAAAGAGGAGCUGGAGGAAGCGUGCAAGGCCCACGGGAACGUGAAGGAGAUCCGGCUGGUCACCAACCGAGCGGGGAAACCCAAGGGCUUGGCCUAUGUGGAGUUUGAGAACGAAGCGCAGGCGUCCCAAGCGGUGCUGAAGAUGGACGGCCUGACCAUCAAGGACCAAGUGAUUAAGGUGGCCAUCAGCAACCCGCCUGCCCGAAGAUUCCCUGAGCGGUCCGAGGCUGCGGGGAGAGCGUCCCAGGCACCCAUCCCACGGCAGGUCUACGGCAGCCGCGGGAAAGGCAGGACCCAGCUUUCGAUGGUGCCCCGUGCUUUGCAGCGCCAGAACAACCCCCCCGCCAAGGCAGCCAACGGAAUGGCCCAGGACCCACCCGGGAUCCCACCCCUCUCCUCAGAGGAACCCAAAAAGAUGUCUAACGCCGACUUUGCCCGGAUGCUUCUGAACAAAUGAGUCGCCUUGGGCUGGCGGGGGCGCGCGCGAUCUGCUGCCGGAAAGGUACAACCCCCAACCCCAGACUUCUUCCCCUCUGGACCGCUGCAUCUGCCGAGCUCAACACAGCACAGAGCUGUUGAAAUAGCGAGAGCGAGGGAUAGGGUGUGUUGGGUGUUAUGGUUUUGGGGGCGGGGGGUGGGGGGGUGGGAAGAAGGCAGAAUCCGGUCCAACGGCUUUAAAUCUCAAAGUGCUCCCUCAUAUUGAGGGUUACGUGGAAAGAACACACCUUGGAGGUUGGGGUGUAAUUGAGGCCCUUUGUUCUUUAAAAAUCUUCUUAAGAAAAGAAGACUUUAACAGGAAAGGUUAUUGCUGUGACUCACAGAAUCCCACCCCUUCUGGCAAAGGGAGAUCACCCUGGUGUAGGGCAAUGCUUUUUGUGCUGGGGGAAGGCACUCCGUUUCAGUGGAAUCGAUUAGCAGGAUCCAGCCCUUUAUACCCAGACCGCCCCCCCCCCCAACUGUGGCUGUCUCCACCUCCUUCUGUAUAAAGUUGUUAUAAAUAGUGUAACCAUAAUGGCCUAUUUUAGUACUGGGGUCCCGAGAUGGGCGUUUGUAAUGAAACUGGAUCGACGAUUUACUGAAGUUGGUAUGUUUUUUUAUAUAUCUAUAUAAUAUAUAUAUAUAUAUAGUGUAUUUCUAAAUGACAUGCCAGUUAUUUUUAAGCUUUGUUCGACACAAUGCUUGGAAGAAAUCUCCUCUACGAGCUUGGAUGCCCCGCUUUAGUAGACCAUUCAGUGUUUUGUUUCGUGAGCAUCUGUACUUUAAAAAAAAUACCUUGGCCGUUUAAUUUUCUGAAUUUUUUUUGGCCUGUUCCGAGUUUUUUUGUUUUGUACACAAUGUGAAGUGUGAACUUCCCUUCUUCCUUGGGUUCAUUAAAGUACAAUUCUGGAAA